AUGAACGGGGUUUCCUCUAUUAGGAAGGGGAUGUGGGUUAAGAAACUUAAAAAGGAUUUGAAAGCUGAUGUCAUUGGGAUUCAAGAAACCCAUCGUGCGGGUUUGUCUAAAGUUGAAUUGAGGCGUUUUUGGGAUAAUACUUGUCUGAAAGUUGCUUCAGUUGAUUCUGCUGGGAGAUCUGGAGGGUUAGCUAUGUUGUGGAACCCUGACCUAUUUCGUGAUGAAUCCAUCUUGAAGAACAAUCGCUUUUUGAUGGUCUCGGGCAGAAUUGUGGGGGUGGAGGAGAAGAUGAAUUUGGUUAACAUUCAUGCGCCGAACGACGCAAGGCUCAGAAGAAGCUUUUGGACCGAGCUUCUGAAUCUGUUAUCUCAUGUGGAGGGGAUGAAGGUCUUGUUUGGCGAUUUUAACGAUGUUCGUGAUGAAGAAGAAAGAGUUAACUCUACAUUUGACAGGAGUGCAUCGGAGGCGUUUAAUGAUUUUAUCUCCACUGCUGGGCUUUUCGAGUUUUCCGUGACUGGAGGUAAAUUUACUUUUAUAUCCGGACAUGCUAAUGUUAAACUCAGUAAGUUGGACAGAUUCUAG